AUGUAUGCCCUAUCUUGCACCGACGGGUUCAAGUAUCCCGGUUCAGAACCCACCUACAUCACAGACAUCGUCCCCGUCUCUGCCGGCCUAGCAGCCGUUGGCUCCGACCAAAGUCUCUCCAUCUUCAACCCUCUGCGCCUGAACCAGGGACCUCUCAAGAAAGUCCAAACGAACCAUGGAAACAUCAGCUGCGCCGAAGCGUUCAGCGUCGGAAACUCAGUCGUUGCUACAGCAGGCGAGAACGGGACGGUUUCGCUCUGGGAUCUGAGAACCGAUGCGGCCAACACAGCGGUAUUGCAAAUAGGGACACCAGGCGAAGGCCCCGGUUUGCUCUCACUUGCCUGCUCGGAACAGACAAAUACGUUAGCUGCCGGUACGGAAUUGGCUAACCACCAGGCAUCCGUUCUCCUAUGGGAUCUCCGCUUCCCCUCCGCCCCCAAGAUCCACUACGAUGAAGUCCACAGCGACGACGUAACAGAGCUCUCCUUCCACCCCACCAACGCCCAUCUGCUCCUGACCGGCUCGACCGAUGGUCUGGUCAACGUCUGCGACACGCGCAUCACGGACGAGGACGAAGUGGUGAUCGCGGCGUUCAACCACGGCUCCGUGCACCGGGCCGGCUUCCUGAACGAGACCGAGGUGUACGCCGUGUCGCACGACGAGCGGUUCGCGCUGUACGACAUGGGCGAGACGGUCGAGAAGGGCUCGCCGACGCUCGACCUGGGCGACAUCCGCAAGACGGUGGACUGCCAGUAUUUGUGCAACGUUAUCCCCAAGGUGACGGGUGCUGGGGCGGUUAUUGGUGCUGGAACACAGGAUCAAGAGCUGUUCCGGCUGAUCCAUCUAUCCAAGAAUGGUGCUUCAUGGAGCUUGGAUAGUGAGACUGUGGUAGGUCUUCCAGGGGCACAUGGAUCGGAGAUCGUUCGCAGCUUCUGCUUUGUCGAUGAGCAGCAGGUAGUAUUUACCGCCGGAGAGGACAGUUGUAUCAAGGCGUGGCGGCCCAGUGCAUGA